ACAUUCUCCAAUCAUUGCUACUCCGAUGACCAGUACAUGGGCAUUUUUAUGCAAGGCUGCUCCACUAGUGAAUGCUGGCCAAUGAUGUUAUGCAUGCGACGUGGAGUUGCACAAGCUGAAAACAUAGCUUUCUGCAGCCUUCAGCCCGCCGUGAACUAGCUGUGUGUAAAAAGCAAGUGGACGUCUUUUCAAAGAUAAUGAAGCCCAAAGUCUCAUUAAUCCAACAACUAGGAAUUCAUUUUGCAUUCCUCUGGUCGUACGUUUGGUUCCCGCUUCUCCUGUGCUCUGCUGGUACAUUCGGUUCCCGCCUUCUCCUCAGUCUCACCCUGCACCAAGUUCCAGAGUCACGUCGCACCGUUGCUUUUCGCGAUGUCUUCAGAGACCCCAGCAGGUCACCCUGCUAUAGACUGGUCAAAAUGGGAGCCUGCAGGCGAAGGAGAUGUGCGCUCACCUUGUCCAAUGAUCAAUGCCCUCGCGAAUCACCAUAUCCUGCCUCAUUCGGGUAAAAAAAUCACGAAAGCGAUGGCUGUGGAAGCUCUCACAAGUUCCCUGAAUCUGGAUUCCGGCAUUGCGAAUGUUUUUGCUUCUGUUGCCGUGACCGCAAAUCCCGACCACUCCGCUCACUCCUUCGACCUCGACCAAGUUGACAAGCACGGCCUGAUCGAACAUGAUGUUUCGCUGAGCAGAAACGACAUUGCAUUUGGAGAUAACCAUUCUUUCAACAGCGAGCUCUGGGAAGAAGUCAUGAAGACUUAUGGCGAUGCCACCGAGACGAGCUUCGCGAGUGUGAGCAAGGCAAGAUAUGGCAGAGUUGCAGCAUCUAAACAGGCUCAUGCAGAUGCGAAGAAGGACUUCCAGUACGGGAUCAAGGAAUUCAUCUUGAGCUAUGGAGAAUCUGCGUUGUUUCUUGGGAUUCUAGGAAGUCCGAAAGAUGGGAAGAUUCCGCUAGAGUAUCUCAGGGUUCUGUUCCAGGAGGAACGUGUUCCAUACAAGGAAGGUUGGAGACGGUUAGACAAACCCUUGACACAGAUGGAUAUGAACCACAUCAUCUUCGCUUUGAUCAAGGAGAAUGAGCAUAAAGCUGCGGAGGCAUCGGAUGUUGGGCUAGGAACGGUCCACGCUGUUUCGAACGCAGUGACCAGCAUAUUGCCGUCCUUUUGCAGUAUAAUGUGAGCGCUUACGAUUGUAUUUGAAGAGAAGAAUGGGAAGGGUGAAACUAUAUCUUGGCUGAAGGUUAUUGCACAAUGAUAGCAUCUGUAUGUUGUGAUGUUUAUAAGAUUGUGCAAAAGCUGAGUUGUGAAGCGAAGGGCAAGGGCGGCUGGGAUAAGUACUGAGAAAUGCCGCACUUAGCGCGGAAAUGAGUACUUUUCAGACCGAGCACUAUCAAAUUAAGCUUAUUCAAACAAC